GCAACGAGUCUCCCCCACUCUCGAAUAAACACCUCAACCGAACCCCCACACCUCACUAUUCCCAUCUCUUAGCUCUUGGGCACUAUGACAAAUGAACCUCCAUCAAUUGCCACUUCGAAUCUGCCCCCCGAGUUCCUUCCUGCGAACGCUUUCGACUUCAUUCCAGAUCUUCACGCAUUACUCCUUCGUGUUUCCCGAGAGGAGCUCGAGUUGAAGGAUGUCGACCACGAAUCGAGUCACAUUCGGCUGAAGAUGGAAAAGGCUCGGGCUAUGGUUGCUAAUCUCCCGGAUGUGGACCGCAGCCUAGAGGAACAAAAGAAAGAGAUCCGGGAGCUCGAAGAGCGCAUCGAGAAGCAGAGGGGCAUGAUCAAGGCAGUUGUUGAGAUGCAAAUCGUCAAGGACAUCAUCAGAAGGAGGGGUGGGGUGGAAUGAGUGUUUCCAAUGGGCUCUGGGCAUUAUGGACAUCAACACAGCGGCCGUAAAGGGCAUAUCUAUGUCAUGAUCGCAGCGAGAGAGUAGUAUACGGGAUAGAUGCUGGUUGGGGUGUCAAAGGGUUCAAUUGAUUGAUCUA